CUCACUCACUCCCUAAAACCCUCCUCCCUCCCCCAUCAUCUCCCUCCUCCCACUCGCCGCCGCCGCCGCCAACUUUCCCCACCACCACCACCCAUGGCGGCCACCACCCACGCCGCCUCCCUCUCCUUCCUCCUCUCUCACCCCCACCCCACCUCCCCCAACCCUAACCCUAACCCUAACCUCCCCCUCCGCCGCGCCCCCCACCGCGUCCGCUGCGCCACCGACGCCGCCGCCACCAGGCACCGGCGCGCGGCCGACGAGAACAUCCGGGAGGAGGCGGCGAGGCACCGCGCCCCGAACCACAACUUCUCCGCGUGGUACGCGCCCUUCCCGCCCGCCCCCAACGGCGACCCCGACGAGCGCUACUCCCUGGACGAGAUCGUCUACCGCUCCAGCUCGGGCGGCCUCCUCGACGUGCGCCACGACAUGGACGCGCUCGCCCGCUUCCCGGGCUCCUACUGGCGCGACCUCUUCGACUCCCGCGUCGGCCGCACCACCUGGCCCUUCGGCUCCGGCGUCUGGUCCAAGAAGGAGUUCGUCCUCCCCGAGAUCGACCCCGACCACAUCGUCUCCCUCUUCGAGGGCAACUCCAACCUCUUCUGGGCGGAGCGCCUCGGCCGCGACCACCUCGCCGGGAUGAACGACCUCUGGGUCAAGCACUGCGGCAUCUCCCACACCGGAUCGUUCAAGGAUCUCGGCAUGACGGUGCUCGUCAGCCAGGUGAACCGCCUCCGCCGCGCGCCGCUCUCCCGCCCCAUCGCCGGAGUCGGGUGCGCCUCCACGGGGGACACCUCCGCCGCGCUCUCGGCCUACUGCGCCGCCGCGGGGAUCCCGGCCAUUGUGUUCCUCCCCGCCAACCGCAUCUCGCUCGAGCAGCUCAUCCAGCCCAUUGCCAAUGGCGCCACCGUGCUCUCGCUCGACACGGACUUCGACGGCUGCAUGCGGCUCAUCAGGGAGGUGACUGCCGAGCUGCCGAUUUACCUUGCGAAUUCAUUGAAUUCCCUUCGGCUCGAGGGGCAGAAGACUGCUGCUAUUGAGAUUCUUCAGCAGUUCGAUUGGGAGGUGCCGGAUUGGGUCAUUGUUCCCGGAGGCAAUCUUGGGAACAUAUAUGCCUUCUACAAGGGAUUCGAGAUGUGCCGCGUCCUUGGGCUCGUCGAUCGUGUGCCGCGGCUUGUCUGCGCGCAGGCUGCCAAUGCGAACCCGCUGUACCGGUACUACAAGUCGGGGUGGACUGAGUUCACGCCGCAGGUGGCUGAGCCGACAUUUGCAUCGGCAAUUCAGAUUGGUGACCCGGUAUCUGUCGAUCGCGCGGUGGUUGCGCUCAAGGCAACUGAUGGCAUCGUCGAGGAGGCCACGGAGGAGGAACUCAUGAACGCAAUGUCGCUCGCUGAUCGCACUGGCAUGUUUGCUUGCCCGCAUACUGGGGUUGCCCUCGCAGCACUGUUCAAGCUCCGUGACCAGCGCAUCAUCGGGCCAAAUGACCGCACGGUAGUCGUCAGCACAGCUCAUGGUCUGAAGUUCUCACAGUCCAAGAUCGACUACCAUGACAGCAAGAUCGAAGACAUGGCCUGCAAGUAUGCGAAUCCCCCGGUCAGCGUGAAGGCUGACUUCGGUGCCGUCAUGGAUGUCCUCAAGAAGAGGCUCAAGGGUAAGCUCUGAAGUGUGUUUGGCUAACUCCCCUCCAAUCAAUUGCUGUAUGUCAGUUGUCUUCUGCAUCAAAUUCGAAUGCGGCGGGUGACUGUGGAGCGAUGAUUCGUCGAUUUGUAGUAGUAUUGUAGGUCCCUGAACCUUGAAGAUCGUCCAUGCUUGAGAGUAAAGAUUGAGAGGCUAUCUCUUGUACCUGUUCUGUGUUGUGUGUGGGUGGGUAAUAAGCGACUACCUUGUUGUUUGAAACUCUGAAUAAUCAGAUCAUCUAGUCCAAUUACUCCGUUCUGCUUCUGCUUGUA